AUGGCGGUCUGGUCCCAUGCUUGUCUGCGUCUUAUUGUUUCCUUGUGGGUAGCGCGAUGCACAUCGAACGGCGACCUUCGCUCUGAGUCAAGAUGGAGGGUUAGGGUAUGCUCCAAGGCGGAGGGUGAUAAGGGUGAUGAGGGCAACGAGGGAAUGCGCGUGACUCGCACGAAGGGUGACACCGCCACAGUCAAAUCUCGAGUGCGAAAUUCAAGAUGCCAUAGGAGCGGUGGACAAUGGACUACACCGACUUUCUGCAUUGCCAUUGCCAUUGUUCGCAUGAGCGGGCCUGUCAAAGAAGAAGUCAAGCUUGCAGCUUCCCGAGAGGCUCGAAUGCAUGAAAUGAAGUGA